AUGGCGUACGAAUAUGACACCAAGGCCGUAUUGCUCGAUGUGAGUAGGCGGAGGUGCGGCGCAGAUGCUGUCGUGUUCGUGUUCCGUCUUGGCGUGUUGUGUGACCGGCGCGCGCGGGGGACUCGGCCACGCGUCAUACAAGCCGUGAUCCGCCCGUGUCACCUCUCUGCAAGGGCCAAGAAGCAGGCCGGUGGGAUUUCUCCCAGGAUACUGACCCUGUCGUCUGGGCCGUGAGUUGCUUGCAGUUGAUGAAGGAUGGCGAGAACAAGCUCUGCGUCGAGUGCGCCACGCCUCAUCCCCAGUGGUCAGUCCGUCGGCCGACGCAGUGCCACCCGGUCCCCAUUGCCAUCCAUCUUUGAAUGCUGAACCAUGCGCUCCCCCAGGUGCUCGCUCUCGUACGGCACCUACCUGUGCCUGUCCUGCUCCGGGAUCCACCGCUCCCUCGGCGUGCACAUCUCGUUCGUGCGCUCCACCUCGAUGGACAAGUUCACCCCGGCCCAAUUGGGACGCAUGAAGGCAGGCGGUAAUCUCAAGUGGAGGCUAUGGAUCGAGGCCAGCCCAGAGUACGAGAAGGGGAUGUCGAUUCCUGACAAGGUUCGUUCCCGGCGUGUGGGAUUUUGGCUUCUCCGCUCACGGUGGGGGGGAACGCCCCCCCCCCGUAAACAGAGGAGCGUAACAAACGGUCGGAGCUGAUGGAAUUGGGUUUCCAAAACACAGUACAAUACUCACGCGGCCGCACAGUUCAGGGACAAACUCUUGGCCGAAGCCGAAGGGCGAUCGUGGUCCCAGGCCGACACGCCCGCACCCGUCGCCUCGAGCUCGUCCUCGUCGAACCCGACCGGCCUCCGUAAACCACGGACCAACAUCCCGAUUCGGGGAGCAUCCCCUUCCGGAAACCUCGCUUCAUCCGCCGAUACGUCGUACAACCCACCUCGAUCCGAAUACGCCGCGUCGAACGAUCCACCACCGGACCAAAAGACGAUGAACGAGAACUACUUCUCCCGUUUGGGAGCCGCGAACGAUUCCCGACCCGAGCAUCUUCCCCCUUCGCAAGGCGGCAAAUACGCGGGAUUCGGAUCGGGAAGUCCGGCGUUCACACCUUCACAAUCGACGAGCUCAAACGCGCUUCCUUCGUUCGAUGAUCUGAGGGACGAUCCCGGUUCGGCCCUGUCGAAAGGGUGGGGGUUCCUUGGUUCGGCCUUGGCCCAAGUCGGUCGAACGGUGCAAGAGAACGUGCUACAACCGACAUUGGAGAAGGCCGUUGACCCCAACUUGCAAUCCCAGUUAAGCGGCUUCGUAUCCAAAGCGGGGAACGUCUUGGGAGAAGCGAGUCGAACGGGUGGCGGUUACCUUGCCUCGGGGUUGCAAACGAGUUCGCAGUACUUGAAGAGGGAGGUCGGUGUCGACGUCGGGGAUAUGGGAGCCGGGUUCGUCGAUCGGGCGACGGGGAGAGGGGCGGGUCAAGGUUAUGCUCAAGUUGUGGGACAUCAAGCACCCGAAGGGACCGAAUCUCACGAGGCUGAUUUCUUCAAUGAGCAUAUGGGCUCCUUCGCUUCACCUUCAAUCACUUCGGCGAACCACAAUGCGUAUGGUCGUAACUCGAGGAACGAGUCUUCGUCGUAUGCGGAUGAACAGGGUCAGGAUGCAUGGGCCAAGAUGGCACCCUCUGCCACGGCAGCGAGGUCCGGCGCCGUUUCGGCGGGCUCGAACGGGGGUGGAAGGAAUUCGCCUGCUUUGGCCGUACCGGUGGCCACGGGGUCGAGGGGCUUGACGAGGACGCCUUCACCUAGGGGUGGGGCGAGCGCAGCGACGAAACCGGUGGCGGCGGCUGCACCGAAAAAGAAGGACGACGAUUGGGACGAGUGGUGA